AUGUCGAUCAAAUCGAAGUCGAUUCUUGUCAUAUCCCGCGAAGAAAAGAGAGCCGCCGAGCACGAGAAGCAAGUUGCAGAGAAUACUGCCGAGAAGAAUAGAUCGGGUGAUAUGAGGGGCUCCUCGAAUCACGGAGCUUAUUCCGAUCUACCCAUGGACCAGAGGCAAAUCCCCUUCGAUCAGUUCAAUGUUCUCCGACCACCGGUUGAUCCAGUUAAGGAGAACACCCAGGGCGAGAAGAUUUAUCGCGAACACGAUAAUUUGUGGAAGCUGUAG